GUUCUCAGUGCUGAUUCCAGCCGCGACGAGGGGCUGACUGCAGGAGAGAGUUGAGCACGGGGCUGAGAAGACAGCAUCCUCCCCUCUCCCUCUUCUCCCCUCGUUUGUUUUCGCCAUCUCCUCUCAACAUCGCUUGGAGAAAACGGCCAACGAAAUGGUGUGUUAACGAAUAUGUGCGAUGGAUCAAUAAAAAUGAUGGAUUCGCUUCUCUCCAUCCUCAUCGUCCUCUUGGCUUUCCAUACCCACUUGAUCGCCGCCGCAGACAGGAAAUUCGGCUGUUUGCUGGAGAAUGGCCUGUGCUCACCAUACGAGAUCUGUGUCAACGACGGAGUGUUUGGAAGGUGCCAGAGGGUCCCUGUGACAGACGUACGCCCGUACGAAGUGUCCCCGUCUGCCCUGCUGCGCCUGAGGACCCUUCUCCGGAAACUCUCCCUGAGAGGCUUGAGUUGGCAAGAUGACGCGACCCAGAAGGCAGUUUCCAAGGAGCUCUCCAAACUUCGGCGGGUUUCCAACAGACGUCCCGAGACUGGUCCCAGGAAGCUCAAACCGGUGGAGGUGGGGCUAAGCCGAUCCCUGAAGAAGUACCUGCAGAACCUCAGCUUCAUACCCCGGCCGGCUGCCCCGCCCAGCUCCAGACUAAAGGCAGACACCCCCUUUAGCAAGGCUCUGUACCAGGGCACACCCUCGGCUCUGAAGGCCUUCGCCCUGCUCCCAGCCAAGGGCCCCCCUGUACCAGCUGCCCCAGCAGGCCUCUCCAGGCCCCCCCCGGGCAAAGCCCGAGUGUUGACACUGCUGGCCGCCCUGCAGCAGUACCUGGGGAGGAAGCCUCCAGCCCAGCUCCCCGCCGCCGCCCGCCCCCCUCCCAAGGCGCAGGCCUCCCCGCCGUACGCCGAUGGCGUGCUCCCCGUCCUCGGCACCCAGGCCGAGAGCGCUCGCCCCCAGGGAGACGCGGACAUGUUCGCGGGAAGGGUCCCUUUCCAGAUGGUUCCGGAAACUUCCAAACCCCAGAGGCCCCAAACUGACAGGCUUCUCCUCAAGGCGGGCCCCAGUCCAACGAUGACCAAGGAACCCCUCAGUGCAGUGGAUGAGACGUUCAUCCAGAAUGUGGUGCAGCAGUUGGGCAGGCACAGCGUGAACGUGGACGCUCUGAGCCCCAGGGAGCUGGACCAGCUGGGUGACAUCAUCGCCGACACGCUGCAGGUGGUGGAUGAGGGCGGGGCGAGAGAGGACCAGCGAGACGUGAAGAGAGAACCUCCUUCCUCCUCCAGCGUGGACCAGGACCGGGAGCUGACAGAGAACACCGCUCCCCCAGAACAACAAAUUGAGGAAGGGAAGCCAGACUCCAGUGACAAGAGCACAAUCUUCCUCAGCAAGUUGUUAGCCUACCUGGACAGCAGCUCUGCUACCGACACCCCCAGACAGGCCACGGAGAGGGAGGGGGGCCCCGCUGCUGACGAGAACGGGGCGGGGACCGAGGACGUGAGGAGCAGGACCGUCCAAUCAGAGGCCUCCGUGGAGAAGAAGGAGGCGGGACCAGGGGAUUCCGCCGAGCUGCUGGAGGUGGAGCGCUGGAUCCAAGGCCCCGCCCCCGUCGUCAUGGCUGCGGCCGUCGCCGAGCCGGAGAGGAAAGCCGACGUUGUGGAGAAGGAGGCGGAGCUAAAGCUAGACGUCCAGUCCGACUCCGCCCAGGAGAGCCAGGGCGAGUUCGUCUACAUCAUAACAGACCAUGACUCUCUCAGCACAGACGACGGCCUACGCUUAAUGGACCUGCUGGCUCGCCGCGUCAACCUGCGUCUCAACGACUUCCUUCAACGUUCAGUGCAGGGCCCAGCUGUGACCUUCAGAGUGCGGCCCAACCCUCAGCACGUCUCCACCGCAGAUGUGGCCCAUGCAGCAGCUCAGAGUAAAGACCAGCUGCAGGAGGAGACGGGGGUGCGCAUCCUCCAGACCGGAGUGGGUGAUAAAAGCAAAGUGAGCCAGCUGCCCAGCCGGUACGAGGGGUCAGAGUCGGGGAAGUUCCUGGCCCUGACGGUGGUCUCGGUGCUGUGCAUCAUGGGAGUGCUGCUGGGCUCAGGGCUGACGUACUGCCUGCGCCACCGAUCCCACCACAGGCUGAAGGAGAAGCUGGCCGGCCUGGGAGCCCAAUCCAGCACUGACACCACCGCCACCUAUCAGGAGCUGUGUCGACAGCGGAUGGCGGUGAAGACCGCCGAGCGUCCGGAGCCCCUGCACACCUCCCGGAUCAGCAGCGUGUCAUCCCAGCUCAGCGACGGGCCCUCCCCCAGCCCCUCUGCCCGCAGCAGCACCUCCCUGUGGAGCGAGGAGCCCGCCCAGUCCAACAUGGACAUCUCCACCGGUCACAUGAUCCUGACCUACAUGGAGGACCACUUGAAGAACAAGAACCGUCUGGAGAAGGAGUGGGAGGCGCUGUGCAGCUACCAGGCCGAGCCCAACGGCAGCACCGUGGGGCUCCGGGACCACAACGCCAGGAGGAACCGCUCCGACGCCAUGGUAGUGUAUGACCACUGCAGAAUAGCCUUGAAGGCAGAAAACAACCAUGGAAACUCAGAUUACAUCAAUGCCAGCCCAAUUAUGGACCAUGAUCCUCGAAACCCAGCCUAUAUCGCCACCCAGGGUCCGCUGCCCUCCACCGUCGCUGAUUUCUGGCAGAUGGUGUGGGAGAGUGGCUGUGUGGUCAUUGUCAUGCUGACGCCUGUCGCCGAGAAUGGAGUCAAGCAGAGCUACCACUACUGGCCGGACGAGGGUUCCAACCUCUACCACGUUUACGAGGUGAACCUGGUCUCAGAGCACAUUUGGUGCGAGGACUUCCUGGUGCGGAGUUUCUACCUGAAGAACUUGCAGACCAACGAGACGCGCACCGUGACUCAGUUUCACUUCUUGACUUGGCUGAACCAGAAUGUUCCGGACUCGGCAAGAACCCUACUGGACUUCCGCAGAAAGGUUAACAAGUGCUACAGAGGUCGGUCUUGUCCAAUAAUUGUCCAUUGCAGUGAUGGUGCUGGAAGAAGUGGAACGUAUAUUCUGAUUGACAUGGUUCUCAACAAGAUGGCUAAAGGUGCUAAAGAGAUUGAUAUUGCUGCUACGCUGGAGCACUUGAGGGACCAGAGGCCUGGGAUGGUCCAGACAAAGGAGCAGUUUGAGUUCGCGCUGACAGCUGUUGCAGAGGAGGUGAACGCCAUACUCAAAGCACUUCCACAAUGAGGGACGCAAGCUGUCCCGGGCUCCCGUAGAGACCCCGGCCGGACCUUUCUUCUGCCCUCCGCGUCUUUGUGAAUGUCGUACCCGAAACGUGACCUGAUCUUAACCGUGUUGUAAUCCGUUAGAAGUCGUUUUCCAAAGCAAGGCGUCUCAGUGCUGGUAAUGAAAAUAACUAUUUUCACAGAUAUAAAAGUGUUUCUCUAUUGUAAAUGGAAUAAAUAUAAUGAGUAUCCGAACCUUGGUUUUUUUUUUUAGGUGUGCGUAUACUGCAUCAUGAAUCGGGUCGAGGCAAUUAUUUAGACUGGUGAAGCUUGAGGAAAGUGUAAUGACUUUAGGCGUUUUUAACCUUUGGUCUUGAACCAUUAUACUCUUGACUAUACUAAUGUACCUUAUUGUGUGUCAUUGGCUAUAACUGUUAAAUACAGUGGGCUGUGUGUGCCGAUGGGGGUAGUAUUAGAGAUGUGUAACAACAUGAACUAUUUGCAGCCAUCACUGCAUUCAUUUAAAUUUGGUGUCAAAUGGAGAAACCUCAGUACCAACAAAAUAAAUAAGCAAUAUGCAUUUUGCCAAGAGGAUUUUAGAAAAGUGAUUUUUAUGAAUUUUCACAUGCCAGGUUAUAUCUCUCAUCGGUGUGACCCAUGUAUGAAUAUUAUAAUAACCCUAUGUACCAUAUCAUCCAUACAGUGGUAUGUAAAACAAGUUCCAUAAAUUGUACAAUGAGAAUUAUCUUUUGUGUGUAAAUAGCAUAAUUCCACCGGAUUAAAAAUAAACCUCUAUCAUGGUUCAUUCACGACA